AUGAGUACUAAUAAUUGUGUAGAAAAAGAUGUCGAAAUUAAAGAAGCCGUUCGCUACAUUUAUGGAAACGUCGCUGAAGCUAAUACGGCAGGUAAAAGUUAUGGUAACGUUGCAAGUUGCUGUGGUGCACCGGCUGAAACUGACAUAGAUUAUUCACUUCAGUUAGGAUACUCUAAAGAAGAAGCUACAAGCGUUCCAACAGGAGCAAAUAUGGGUCUAGGUUGUGGCAAUCCUACUGCAAUAGCUAAUUUAAAAGUAGGUGAUUUUGUUCUUGAUUUAGGAAGUGGUGGAGGAUUUGAUUGUUUUUUAGCAGCCAAAAAAGUGGGUAGCUCAGGUCACGUUAUCGGAAUAGAUAUGACUCCAGCAAUGAUAAGCAAAUCUCGUCUUAAUGCUAAAAAAGGAGGGUAUUCAAAUGUAGAAUUUCGCUUGGGUGAGAUUGAAUAUUUGCCUGUUGCAAAUGCUACCAUUGAUGUAGUUAUCUCAAAUUGUGUUGUAAACUUAUCCACCGAUAAACUUCGCGUUUUUCAAGAAGUUGCUAGAGUAUUAAAAUCUGGUGGUAGAAUAGUUAUUUCCGAUAUAGUAGCUAUUAAUCCUAUUCCAAAUGAAAUAAAAAACAAUUUAGCACUCUAUGCUGGUUGUAUAGCAGGUGCUAUGUCAAUAGAAGAACUAAAGGAUGCAUUAGAAAAAACUGGUUUUGAAAACAUAAGUAUUCAAAUAAAUAAACUAAGCUGCACGUUCCUUGAAAAGUGGAUAGUUGAAGGAUGUGAUGCUGAAAGUUGCAUAGCUUCAGCAGUUAUUGAGGCAUCUCAACCAAAGUAG